GUCCUCGCCCGCGGCGUUCACUUGGCGAGAGUGCGCCUGUGCAAGUUGUUCCAGCUACUCUCGGGUCGUUGGGGGGGAUUGAUUGUUCCGCCAUUAUUGUUUAUCUCCUUUGCGCGGCUUCACUCACUCUCCGUCAAGAUGCCGCGGAUCAUGAUAAAAGGGGGCGUGUGGAGGAACACAGAGGAUGAAAUUCUUAAAGCAGCUGUAAUGAAAUAUGGCAAAAACCAGUGGUCCCGUAUUGCAUCUUUGUUGCACAGAAAAUCAGCAAAGCAGUGCAAAGCCAGAUGGUAUGAAUGGCUAGACCCAAGUAUUAAGAAGACAGAAUGGUCACGAGAGGAAGAAGAGAAAUUGCUCCAUUUGGCCAAACUUAUGCCAACUCAGUGGAGAACUAUUGCACCAAUUAUUGGACGAACUGCUGCCCAGUGUUUGGAGCAUUAUGAAUUUUUAUUAGAUAAAGCUGCUCAAAGGGACAAUGAGGAAGAAACUGCUGAUGACCCUAGAAAACUUAAACCUGGAGAAAUUGAUCCAAACCCAGAAACUAAGCCAGCCAGGCCAGAUCCUAUUGAUAUGGAUGAGGAUGAACUUGAGAUGCUCUCUGAAGCUAGAGCUCGUUUGGCUAACACUCAGGGAAAGAAAGCCAAAAGGAAAGCAAGAGAGAAGCAGUUGGAAGAAGCCAGGCGUCUUGCUGCUCUACAAAAAAGGAGAGAACUCCGAGCUGCAGGAAUUGAGAUCCAGAAAAAAAGAAAAAAGAAAAGAGGAGUAGAUUACAAUGCUGAAAUCCCAUUUGAGAAGAAACCUGCUCCUGGUUUCUAUGAUACAUCAGAAGAAAACUAUCAGGCACUGGAUGCAGAUUUUAGGAAACUAAGACAACAAGAUUUGGAUGGGGAAUUGAGAUCGGAGAAAGAAGGAAGAGAGCGAAAAAAAGAUAAGCAACAGCUGAAACGGAAAAAAGAAUCUGAUUUACCGUCAGCAAUUCUUCAGACUAGUGGUGUUUCAGAAUUUACUAAAAAAAGAAGUAAACUGGUGCUUCCAGCUCCUCAGAUUUCAGAUACAGAACUUGAGGAAGUAGUUAAAGUUGGUCAAGCAAGUGAGAUUGCCCGUCAAACAGCAGAAGAAUCUGGAAUUACAAAUUCUGCUUCCAGCACGCUCUUAUCAGAAUACAAUGUAACCAACAACAGCAUUGCCCUUCGAACACCUAAAACACCUGCAGCUCAGGACAGAAUCCUACAGGAAGCUCAGAAUUUAAUGGCACUUACAAAUGUGGAUACCCCCUUGAAAGGGGGUCUUAAUACACCCUUACAUGAAAGUGAUUUCUCUGGAAUAACACCUCAGAGACAAGUUGUUCAGACACCAAAUACUGUGCUUUCAACUCCCUUCAGGACUCCUACUCAUGGAGCUGAAAGUCUGACUCCUCAUAGUGGAAUGACUCCCAAGCCAGUGAUAGGAGUGACACCAGGCAGAACUCCAUUGCGUGAUAAACUAAAUAUUAAUCCUGAGGAGGGGUUGGCAGAUUACAGUGAUCCAUCCUAUACAAAACAUAUGGAAAGAGAAUCCCGUGAAAAUUUGCGUCUAGGACUGAUGGGUCUUCCUGCUCCAAAGAACGACUUUGAAAUUGUUCUGCCAGAAAAUGCAGAGAAGGAGCUUGAGGAUCAUAAUGCAGAUGAUACAUACAUAGAAGAUGCGGCUGAUGCAGAUGCUCGCAAACAGACCAUUCGAGAAAUGGAGCGUCUAAAGGCUUUAAAGCGAAUGCACAAAGCUGUUCAAAAAGAUCUACCAAGACCUUCUGAAGUAAAUGAAACAAUCCUGAGACCUUUAAACGUAGAGCCACCUCUAACUGAUUUACAGAAGAGUGAAGAACUGAUUAAGAAAGAGAUGAUCACUAUGCUCCACUUUGAUCUUGUGCAUCAUCCUUACGGGGAGGUCCCCAGCAGCAAGAAGAUGAAAGUUCCAGGACUGGGAGCCAGUAGCACAGAACAUAUAGCAUAUCUUGAACACAAUCCAUAUGAAAAGUUUUCAAAAGAAGAGCUCAAGAAGGCCGAAGACCUUCUGGCCCAAGAGAUGGAAGUUGUGAAGCAAGGGAUGAGCCAUGGAGAUCUUUCAAGUGAAGCUUAUAAUCAGGUGUGGGAGGAAUGUUACAGCCAGGUACUGUUCCUUCCUGGGCAGAGUCGCUACACAAGAGCCAAUUUGGCCAGUAAAAAGGAUAGGAUUGAAUCACUUGAAAAGAGAUUAGAGAUUAACCGAGGUCAUAUGACUACUGAAGCUAAGAGAGCUGCCAAGAUGGAAAAAAAGCUAAAGAUACUGCUUGGUGGUUAUCAGUCUCGAGCCAUGGGACUCAUAAAACAAUUAAAUGACUUGUGGGAUCAAAUUGAACAAGCUCAUCUUGAACUGUGCACAUUUGAAGAAUUAAAGAAGCAUGAAGAUGCAGCUAUCCCAAGGCGACUGGAGUGCCUAAAAGAAGAUGUUCAACGGCAACAGGAAAGAGAAAAAGAACUUCAGCAAAGAUUUGCAGAAUUUGUGCUGGAUAAGGAAACAUUUCAGUCAAAAUAUUAAGCCUCCUAUUUUCCUUUUACCAUUGUUUGUAACAUUUUUCAGAUGCAGCUGAUAAAUUAUGACAUGUGUCUCCCAUCAAAAUUAAGCACAAGCAAAUGUGCUAGUAAAUUUAUAUUGUACUUUAAGAAGAUGCUUUGUACCUCACUGUCAUGUACCUUUUCCUUCAGAAGAAAGAAGUAGAAAUGCAUAUAUCCUGAUUUAACAAGCAUAAUUUGCAUGCUGUAAAAAUGCUAUACAGGGUAAACAUUCCACACCAACCUUUUAAUUCACCAUACAAUUAUUUUGUUAAAGUUACUGUUUCCUUGUCCUUUUAGAAUUUCACCUGAGAUCAAGGAAAAGUAUAUAUUUAAAACAGUCUUUGUGCCACUAAUUACUGUGAAUCUGGAAUGUUAAGCGGUGUAUUAAAAUGUAUUUGUGUCUUAACGACUUGAAAUUUGUUUGCAAAUUAUUUUUCUAAAUUUCAUUCUAAAUUGAAACUAGGUAACAGCAUUUAUUAUCAUUCAAAUAAUAUUCAUAUUAUUAUGGAAUUUAUGUAUUUUAUGUUUCAUUUUGUGGCUAUUUUGUUGAUCAUAAAAUAAAAAUUA